AUCCCAGCAGACUGGAGGAGGGGAAGAAGAGGAUCCAAAACAAUUAUCGUCCAACACUUUUUGCAUAGUGUUGAAAAUGGAAGAAUGUUUGGAAGGAAGCUGGCCUGGAAGAGGACAGUUGUCACCAAGGAAACUGGCAGAAGCUAUUAUUUGUGCUAAGGAGAAUACUCAGGGGCAAAAACAACAGAUUCUUCCCUUGCCAGGCGAAAGGGAUAAGUGGAAAAAGAUGCAACAAAUUGAGCGUCAGCUGAAAUGUCUGGCAUUUCAGAAUCCAGGACCUCUGCUGGCAGACUUCAAUCCAGAAACUCGGGAGCAGCAGAAGAAAGCCUGCAUGUCAAUGAUAAACCAGGAUUGUUUCAGCACCACAAAGAAGACUGUGAGGAAAUAUGACAGACGAGGCUGCCUCCUUUCCAGUAAAAUAGAUUUGUGCGACUGCCUGGAGAAGAACUGCUUGGGCUGCUUCUACCCCUGCCCCAAAUGCAAUUCCACCAAGUGUGGGGCAGAGUGUCGCUGCAACAGAAGAUGGGUGUAUGAUCAGAUUAAGACAGAGGCUGGACACACUGUCAGAUUUCCAUUUUGAAACACUGAUUAGCACUUCCCUCCUUGAUAUUCUCCUCUGUAAAACAGUGGCUGAAAAUUUUUUAUUUAUUUAUUUAUUUAUUGCAAAUGUAUGUGAGUGUUUGAUAUACAGUG